AUGGGGGAGGAGAAGAGGCAUCAGAUGAUGCAGAACCUGUUCGGCGAUCAAUCCGAAGAAGAAGAAGAGGUUGAUUCCGAGCACGAGUCCAAUCCCCAGCCCAAUUACCCUUCUGAUGAAGGAGAGGGAGCACUGGAGCCUGAGGGUGAAGGUGAAGUAGAGGGCCAGGGGGAGGUAGAGGUAGAGAGUGAUGCUGAGCAGCGUGAUGUUAACCCCGAUCCAGGAGAAAGUGAGGGUGAAAGAGAACAAAGUUCCCAAGAAGUAGAAAUUGGUGAUCAAAGAGAAGAAAGUGAUGGAAAAUAUACAGACACUGAUGAAAAAGAAGAGUUGACAAGCCGGAGACGAAAUGUGAUUGAAAGUGGGUCUGAGAGGUCUGAGGAAAACCAUUACCCUGACAAUGAAGAUGACGAGGUUAAUCAGGCUAGAAGUCCGAGAUCCCCUGACGAGGAGAAGGACCAUACUCACAUCGCACACUCUGCUGUUCGUAAUGUAUUUGGUGACUCUGAUGAAGAAGAACCAACAGAUUACGCUGUUCAAAAUGACAUUGAGCAUGAACCAAAUAGAUCCCCAUUGGAAGAGGAAGGGAGCUAUGGAAAGAGUCCAAGACUAGAGGAUGUAGUGGCUGAUGAAGAUGCUAGAUAUGAUUCAGAAGAGGACAAUAUUGAGGCUAAACCUAGAGAGAAACCGGUUGGCCCCCCAUUGGAACUAGAGAUUCCACUGCGUCCACCUCCUGCUCAUCCAGAAAAGAUGAACAUGAUCAAAGUUUCAAAUAUUAUGGGCAUUGACCCCAAACCGUUUGAUCCAAAGACAUAUGUGGAGGAGGAUACAUUUGUGACAGAUGAAUCAGGAUCUAAGAAGCGUAUACGUUUGGAGAACAAUAUUGUGCGAUGGAGGAGAGUUAGAAAUCCAGAUGGCACAACAUCGUGUGAAAGCAAUGCACGAUUUGUGAGAUGGUCUGAUGGCAGUUUGCAGUUGUUAAUUGGGAAUGAAGUUCUAGAUAUAUCCGUGCAAGAAGCACAGCAUGAUCAAGCACACCUAUAUCUCAGGCACGAAAAGGGAAUUCUCCAAUCACAAGGAAGGGUUCUGAAGAAGAUGAGGUUUAUGCCAUCGUCCUUAUCAUCAAAUUCACAUCGACUGUUAACUGCCCUGGUUGAUUCUCGACAUAAAAAAGUGUACAAGGUUAAGAAUUGUGUUACUGACAUCGAUCCUGAGAGAGAAAAGGAGGAGAAAGAAAGGGCUGAAAGUCAAACAAUCAGAGCUAAUUUACUUCUUAAUCGGAAGAGGGAGAAGGUCAGUCGAAAGUAUACACCGACUGUGGACAGGAGGCGCCAACUUUCACCUGGUUUCUUGGAAGAUGCUCUUGAUGAGGAUGAUGAACCAGAUUAUUAUGAGUCUCGUCAUUCUCGCCGCCAUAUAGAGGAGGAUUUGGAAAUGGAAGCUCGAGCAGAGAAACGCAUUUUGAAUGCUAAGAAGGGAACUAAAGACAUCCCUCGCAAGUCAUCCUUGCCAACUGCCAAAUCAUCUCGGCGUUCAAUGGAUUUCUCCGAUAGUGAGAGAGGCGAGUCUGAGUAUGAAACUGAUGGGGAAGAAGAUGAGAUAUCUCCUCCACGUAAGAGGGCUGAGGAUCCAGAGCCAGAAUAUGAAGAUGAGGAGGAAGAAGAAGAAGAAGAAGAACAUGAAGAAGCCGAAGUUAAUGAAGCAUCCGAUGAGGAGGAGGCUGAGGAACCUAAGCAAAAGGCUAGGGAGUCUGGACACAGUCACAAGCGCAAGGAAAUCGAGUCAGAUGAAGACUCUCCUCCUAGGAAGGCUGCACCACAUCGCAGAAUGGCGGUUGUUUAUGAUAGUGAUGAGGACUAA